AACGUUGAUUUGUGUGUUUUUCAGGUAAUAUUAGCUCUGUACCCACCCUCAAGUUGAAUUCAGUGAAACACCCGUCAAUGCUUGUGUGCAGUGCCUAUAACUUUUAUCCAAAACAAAUCCGACUGACGUGGUUGCGCAACGGGCAGGAAGUCACCUUAUCGGUCAGUUUUUCUGAAGUAAUGCCUGAUGGGGACUUGUACUAUCAGAUUCAUUCCUACCUAGAGUCCACCCCGACUCAGGGAGAAAAAAUUACCUGCAUGGUUGAACACUUCACCCUCUCUGAACCAAUGCUUCAGGUCUGGGACCCCUCUCUUCCUGCGUCAGAAUGGAUUAAAAUUGCUGUGGGACUGUUUGGUCUGAAACUUGGUUUUGUUAUGUUGAGUUCUGGAUUCAUCUACUACAAGAAAAAUUCUAAAGCAAACAUCAAUCUCUGUCAAGGAAGCAUUUUGGUUCCACUGCAAGACGUCCCUGAAGUUGGAGCAACUUAGCAGUCAGAGCAAACUGACUGUAUUGUUGACUUAUUCAUCCAAGAUGGACUAAAUAUGAAACUUAGUGUGUCUUGAGUCAUA